AUGGUAAAAGAAGGAAGAGAACAACAGGCUGGAGUUCCUGUAAUAAUAGCAAUGAAAGGGCAUCCUGGCACAGGCAAGAGCACUUUAGCCAACUCUUUAGCUUCAUCUCUCAAAAUCCCUCUCAUAGACAAAGAUGAUGUCCGUGACUGCACCUUCUCCAUCCAAAACUCCUCGCCGAUGCUAACCUCACCCGACGCUACAGCAUCCAAACUCCUCAACGACCUCUCUUACGACGUCAUCUGGCAAAUCGCCUCCACUCAGCUCCGUUUAGGUCUCAGCGUCAUCAUCGAUUCUCCGCUCUCUCGGAGGGCCCACCUUGAUAAACUGAUCCAACUGGCAUCAUCUACUGGGUCCCUCCUCGUGAUUGUGGAGUGCAAGCCGUUGGAUGAGGGAGUCUGGCGGAGAAGGCUAGAGCAACGUGGCAAGGGCGAUCAAGCUAGCUGGCAUAAGCCUUCCACGUGGCAAGAUCUUGAGAGGCUAGUUGAAGGGUAUGGUGGGUCCACUGACUAUGAUGUUGGUGAGGUGCCAAAGGUAGUGUUGGAUACCUCGGCUCCUGUUGGGGUUGAUGAGCUUGUUUCUGGAGUGGCGGAUUUCAUUGUCUCUCGUGUUCGUAUUUCUUCUACUUUUACAGAAUAUUAUCACAGCUAG